AUGACCAGUUCCGACACCUUCAUGGAUGAUCAAUGGAUUAUCCAUAUUUCAGUGGCGCUGUGGGAAAUCUGGAAGGAAAGGUGUAAUUGUGUCUUUGAAGAUGCUAAACCGAAUCCGUUCAAUACUAUAAAGAAGAUACAAGUCAUAUAUCAUCAGCUUUCCCACUGCAGGAAUUCAAGCUAUGAUAAAAGUGAUAAUCAUCCUACAAAAAAUGCCAACUGGAAACCCCCUCCUAACUCUUUUGUUUCUUUAUGUUGUGAUGAAUCUUUUAAAUUCAAGUUUAAGGAAAGUGACAUUGGCCUAAUCAUUCGAAAUUAUGCAGGUGUUCACCAAUCCUCAAGAUGCAUCUACAAGAACGAACAUAUAGAUUCGAAGGAGUUUGAAUGUGAUGCUGUUUUAGAUGCAGUGCGAUGGGCUACAAUUUUAGGAAUCCAGAAUCUGAAAGUGGAAACUGAUUCGAAGAAUGUGGCAGCUGCAGUUAAUGGAGCAAUCACAUGCUUAUCCUGGCAGAAUCAAAGAAUAGUAGAAGAUAUAAAAAUCUAUCUGAAUAAUUUUAAUAGCUGGAUAUGUCAGCACAUUAGUAGAGAUUAUAAUAAACCUACGGAUUCUCAGGCCAUGCCAGAAAAUUCAAAAUUUCUAAAUUAUGGCACUCUUCUUGCCCAAAUUUUAUAUCUCAACAACUUAUUGAUGAGAUGA